AUGGGUGAUAGACAAGUAGUGGAGCUGCAGCACCCAGUUGAUCCUCCAUUGCCCUCUUCGCCUCCUUCGAGGGAUGAUAUGGUUGCUUGCGUGAUGGCUUUGGAGGCUGCUUUGCUUCCUUGCUUGCCUGCUAGAGAACUUCAAGCAAUAGACCGCUCUCCCCACCCUUCACAUCAAAUUGACGUAGAGAGGCAUGCCAGAGAUUUUAUGGAGGCUGCCAAGAAGCUUCAACUUUAUUUUAUCAGCCUGCUGCGUGAGAGUCAACCGUCAAAAGCUGAAAUGCUUAGAAAGGAGAUUGCUGUGAUGGAAGAGGAACUUCAGAGAAAAACGGAGCUGAUUAGAAAGCAAGAGAAUCUAGUUCAGGGGUGGAGAAACGAGUUAAAAGAUCAGCUGGACAAACACAGUACUGAGUUGGACAGAGUAUAGUGGAAAAUUACGCUUAUCUCUUUACCUGGGGACAAAAAAGUGUAUCUUUUAGAUGUUUGUUAUCAAGUUCUAUUCAUUGGGGGAACAAACAUGAAUAUGUUAUUACAGUUUAGCUCUGAAUGAUUUGAUCUUUUAAGACAGUUCCUCCACAUAUUUUGUUGUUACUGAAGAAGCUGAUAGCAAGCA